UAGUUGCUGAGAUAGUUAAGGUAGCAGUGUUUAUAAAGGUUAAUUUAAAUGAAUCUGUUAUUGAUUUAGAUGGUUUGUUAGGAUGGUUUAUCUGGGUGGUUGAAGAAUAUGAUACACAGAAGAAGGUAAUUGAUAUCCUGGAAGAGAGAAAUGAUUUAGAUUUUUCACAAGUACAAACUUGUAAUACUAUAUUACAUAAUUCUUCAAAACAAACAACUUAUCGUUUUUCUCAUUUAAUUGAAAAUAUGAUUAUCGAAGCACCAAUAAUUACUCAAAAAUGCAAUGUUCAAUUUAAUUUAUUUACACUAGAUAAUUUAGAAAAUUGUCUAUUUAUUGCUAUUAUUUCAAAAGGAAUUCACAACCAUUUACCUCCACCUUUUGUGACUACAUCAUCUAAUAUUUUAGAACAACUUAAUAAAAUUAUUGAACAAGAAAACAUAUUAUAUCUUACAGAAAGAACUUUAUUAACAG